CUCUGUUGCUAGCAAAAACAGAAUGAGCCUUUGGUGGCGCUGCGUAAUUCACUUCAAUUCACAUUAGUGUGAAAUUAUAUAUACUUGUGAUUUUUUUGUUUGUUUGUUUGUUUAUUUUUAAUACCAGAGCCUUGUUAACAUGUCUGGUGGUCCAGCUGUAAGGGUCAGCGUUGAGUCUUCCUGUGAGAAGCAAGUGCAGGAAGUGGCUCUGGAUGGGACAGAGACAUAUGUCCCUCCUCUGUCCAUGUCCCAGAACCUGGCAAAAUUAGCACAAAGAAUUGACUUCAGCCUGGGUUCUGAUUCGGAAGAGGAUGGGAUUGAAGGGGAACCCAGGGACCGAGAGUGGGGCAAGCAGGAGCCAGAGGAAGAAGAAGGUACAGUUAAGUUUCAGCCAUCUCUGUGGCCCUGGGACUCGGUGCGUAACAACCUGCGGAGUGCCCUGACAGAGAUGUGUGUACUGUAUGAUGUGCUCAGUGUGGUGAAAGAGAAGAAGUACAUGGCUUUAGAUCCAGUGUCUCAGGAUCCGACUGCUGGCAAGACGCCCCAGGUGUUUCAGCUGAUCAGUAAAAAGAAAUCAUUGAGCACAGCUGCCCAGCUUCUCCUGAGGGGAGCAGAGAAGCUCAAUAAGUCAGUUGCAGAGAACCAGGAGAACAGGAGGCAACGGGACUUCAACUCUGAGCUGCUGCGCCUGCGUUCGCAGUGGAAAUUGCGUAAAGUGGGCGACAAGAUCCUGGGAGACCUCAGCUACCGGAGUGCGGGUUCCCUCUUUCCUCACCAAGGUACAUUUGAAGUGAUCAAAAACACUGACAUUGAUCUGGACAAGAAGAUUCCAGAGGACUACUGUCCCCUGGAUGUCCAAAUCCCUAGUGAUUUGGAGGGAUCUGCUUAUAUCAAGGUAUCCAUCCAGAAACAAGCUCCAGACAUUGGUGAUCUGGGAACUGUCAAUCUCUUCAGGAGACCACAGAAAAACAAAGCUGGUACACAGCUGUGGCAUGUGAAACUGGAGGCAGCCCAGAACGUUUUGCUCUGUAAGGAGAUCUUUGCUCAGCUGUCCAGAGAAGCUGUCCAGAUUAAAUCCCAGAUCCCUCACAUUGUUGUUAAGAAUCAGAUCAUCUCGCAGCCUUUUCCAGGUCUGCAGCUGUCAAUCUCUCUGUGCCACUCUACGGGAGAGAAGAAGAACAACCGGGCAUCUCCAGAGAAACCCAAACCAGACGACCAUCUUUACGUACUUGAACACAAUCUGCAUCAAAUGAUGAGAGAGUUCCACAAACAGCAGCUGAGUUCUGUGGUCAUGCCCCAUCCUGCCAGCGCCCCCUUUGGCCACAAACGCCUGCGUCUGGCAGGGCCGCUGGCCUAUGACAAGGCAGAAAUCUCCAGCUUGCAGCAGAGUGAGGGGCUACUGGAAAAGAUCAUCAAACAAGCCAAGCACAUCUUCCUACGUAGCAGGACUGCAAGGACCAUUGAUAGCUUGGCCAGUCGGAUUGAAGACCCCCAGAUCCAGGCUCACUGGUCCAACAUAAAUGAUGUGUAUGAGUCCAGUGUCAAGGUGCUCAUCACUUCGCAGGGCUAUGAGCAGAUCUGCAAAUCCAUUCAGCUGCAGCUCAACAUCGGCGUUGAGCAAAUCCGGGUGGUGCACAGAGAUGGACGUGUUAUCACACUGUCGCACCAGGAGCAGGAGCUGCAAGACUUCCUCCUCUCACAGAUGUCGCAGCAUCAGGUGCACGCAGUCCAGCAGCUGGCCAAAGUGAUGGGUUGGCAUGUACUGAGUUUCAGUAAUCAUGUUGGCCUAGGCCCAGUGGAGAGCAUCGGAAACGCUUCCGCCAUCACUGUUGCCUCUCCCAGUGGAGAUUAUGCCAUCUCAGUGCGUAAUGGCCCAGAGAGCGGCUGCAAAGUCCUGGUACAGUUUCCUCGCAACCAGACCAAAGAGCUGCCAAAGAGCGACGUCAUUCAGGAUGCCAAGUGGAACCACCUCCGAGGGCCAUACAAAGAGGUGCACUGGAGCAAAAUGGAGGGACGGAACUUUGUCUACAAGAUGGAGCUCCUCAUGGCUGCACUGACUCCGUGUCCUUAGAUGUUCCCUCGCUAUGUUUAAAGUUAAAUGGCAGCUCUCAAAAGAAAAAUCUCCUUUUUUAAGAUUAGACGAUUAAGAUGUCAUGAUUAAGAUUCGUAUUCAUGAUGCAGGUUAUGUUUUAAGCAGUUCAUGGACUUUUGAACACUUCCAUAAACAUCUUUCUACCCACAG